AAAAUUAUUCAAAAACAGGGGCAAGGGCGCCGCGGUGAAGCAUGGGGUUUUGCACGCGAGAGGGCGUCGUAUCCUUAUGGUGGAUGCUGAUGGUGCGUCCAACUUUUCGGACGUAGAAAAGUUGUGGGAUGAAAUGGACCUCGUUGAGAAGAAUGGCCAUGCAAUCAGUGUUGGUAGCCGGCACAUCUUGUUGAGAUCUGUUGUCCGAAAUCUCCUCAUGCAUGCAUUGCAUUUUAUCCUCCGAACCCUGGGCGUGGGUCACGUCCGCGACACACAAUGCGGCUUUAAGUUGUUCGCCCGGAAUACUGCCAGGGCUCUGUUCCCAACCAUGCACAUCUCUCACUGGAUCUUCGACGUUGAAAUUCUAUUGAUGGCCGACAUCCUCAACAUUCCUGUCGUUGAGGUGCCCGUGGGAUGGCACGAAGUCCCAGGUAGCAAGAUCAAUCUCGUCACAGACAGCCUCGGCAUGUUGAGAGAUUUGCUAAUUCUGAGGGCGAACUAUGCAGUCAGAAGAUGGAGCGUCCCCAGCCGUGGCAAGUCCAAGAUAGACUGACUGUGCAGCACUGUUAAGAUGCAUAUAUACAACCAUGAUAUUCUCCAGACGUGUGUAAAUUACUGACAUCGCAAGUACUUGUGCCUGUGUUUUCUCAGCGACAGAGCCACCCCUGGCCCGGUCCCCUUCAUUAAUGAUGUGACAACUUACAUCCCGCUCGUUUCCCUGCAUCACUGUGAGUCUUGCAUGGGCGUAUACCUCAAACGCCUCAACAUUAUGGUGCGCU